AUGCUGCAAAUCGUUCCGAAAUCGUCCGUACUAUGCUACGUCGUUUUGAUAACGGUGCAGCUGAAGCUGGUGUGGGAUUAUCUUCUCUACCGGCCGUUCUUCCACGGCGCCGACGGUCUGCUCUUGCCGGAGUACGUGGAGAGCCUAAACAUUAUCACCGGCGGCGAUUCGGAUUGCGACGAUGACUGCUCGGUCUGUCUGUGUAAGAUCGACGAGAGCGAUGAAAUGAGGGAGCUACCCUGCAGCCACGUGUUCCAUAGGGUUUGCUUGGACAGGUGGCUCCGCUGCGGACACGCCACGUGUCCUCUCUGCCGGAGCAAUCUCCGGUUGCCUCCGCCGCAGUUCGCGGCGGAGAUCCACCAGGAAGUCAUUCUGAUCAACUUCUGCAACGCCACCGCCAGAUAUGGCCAGUGGCUGCGGUGA